UGAAUAUUCAUUUUCCAAUACUGCGCAUAUGUUGCAUUUCGGCCAGGCAAGUCGUGACGAGAACGAACAGAUUUCAAUCAUUUUUCAUCCGAAUUAGGAGUUUCUUUCCUUCAAAUAGCCGCUGAUGGGCCGUUGACUCUUGAUUGCUUGAUGCUUUGAUUCGUUGCCUGCCCAACCUGAUCCUGCAGUCUGCUAAAAAAUCAGCUUUCACGAUCACCAAGCACGAUGUUGACCAUGGUUGAUCAUCUGCCCAAGUUUGGCUCCUAGUUCUACUGCAGGACGCUUUCUGCACAUAUUCUACAUCACUGCAGAAAUCCUGUCCUAUUAUGUGAUGUAAACCAUAUUGGUUUUCAAAAUACCAAGGAUUUCUUGAGGAGAUUUCUAAGUCACUGACACAGACCAUCAUGAGCGUCGGGCCCCUCAUCGGCGAGAUCGCCUGCGUCUUUCUGCUCUCCGUCUACUUGCUCCACAAGUACGGAGACUGGCGCAAGCAACAUGUCCUGGUUACCGUGACGACGUUCGUCUCAUGGUAUUUCUCCUUCAUCAUCAUCUUUAUGAUCCCCCUCGAUGUAACCUCGACAUUUUACAAGCAGUGUAUAGAUGAACACACCCGCAUACCCCUGACCACAUUCCAAACAACGACCGUAAGCACAGAUGCGUUGUCGCACUCGGUGAACACGACGGCAGCCGCGGUAGUGAACGCGACCAAGAGUCUGCCUAUAAGGAACGCCACAGCCUCACGUACAAUACGCGAGGCUCAGAAUGACGUGCCUUGUGAGAAACCGUGGAGUUAUAUUCCAGAGAACAUCUUACCCGAUAUCUGGCUGAUCGUCUAUUGGACGACCUUCAUUCUGACAUGGAUCAUCAUGCCGCUUAUGAAGUCCUACGCCAAUGCCGGCGACUUCACCAUAAGCGGUAAGCUCAAGUCGGCUAUCAUACAGAAUGCCAUUUGGUACGGUAGCUACCUGCUCAUCUUCGGUGUGCUACUGAUUUACGUCGCCGCUAACCCAAACUUGCAGCUGGAUGGUGACAAUUUACAAGUGAUCGGUAUCACAGCCAGCAACACCUGGGGUCUGUUCCUCCUAGUCCUGCUUCUAGGCUACGGCCUGGUGGAAGUCCCUCGUCAGUUCUGGGCGCAAUCUCGCAAGGGUUACCUCCUCAACUAUACUUACUUCCAGCUCGCUAAGCUGAGCACUGAGCGGUCCGAAGCUACUGAAGAACUGGAAGAUCUUUUAGAGGAUAUUCGGCGAGCCUCGGACUCGGUACGCUACAAUCAACCAAUCAGAAAACACGUCAACACCAUCAUCAGUAAAUGUCCUGAGAACUUCCAGGAAUCGCUCUCCAAACAUCUGGAUGACUUCAAGGACUAUUCUGACAAUAGACCUCGGAUUCCUACAGAGAAAGAGUUGGUCCGUUUACAUCAGAAACUCAUCUUUGCCUCGUUGGCAAAGCGGAGGACUGACGCACAGUGGGACGUGCUGAUAGAGAAAGCACUACACUUGGAAGACAUACAGAUCAACGAGAAUAAUCACACAAGGAAGUUCAAGCAUUCCUUUGACCCCAACUACUCCUUCCUACCCAGCUACAUCUGCUCCCCCACCGUGGAGUGGUACUGGUACGUCUGGUUGAUGCCCACCGUGCUUAAAGUUGUCGCCAUUCUCCUUCUUCUUUUCUCUCUGGUGGUCGUCUGGUCGGAAGUCACCUUCUUCAGCAUCGAGCCGGAACUCUCCUUAUUCGCAAUCGUCAUCGAUGCUGCUGCAAGAGAUUACAACUAUCUCUGCAUCGAGCUCCUAUCUUGUAUCAUCAUCGCCUAUCUCUGCUGGUGUGCUUACUACACCGUCUUCAAAGUCCGGGUCUUCAAUUAUUACUACCUGGCUCCUCACCACCAAACUGAUGAAAACAGCCUCCUCUUCUGUGGCACGAUGUUGUGCCGUCUCACUCCGUCUCUCUGCCUCAACUUCCUUGGUCUCAUCCAUCUGGAUGGUCAUGUGACCGGAAAAGAAGACAUGAUUGAGACAUCAUACACUUCAAUCAUGGGUCGUCAUAUAGACGUCUUGCCCUUCAUGGAGGCGGGUUUCUACAUCUACUACCCAAUCACCGUGGUGCUUCUCUGCAUCGCGACUUACUUCCAUCUCGGUAGUCGGUGUCUGUCCUUCCUUGGCUUUCAGCAGUUUGUGGGGGAUGAGGACAUGACGACCGAUCUCAUGAAUGAAGGUUUACAACUCGUCAAGAGAGAAAGGAGAAACAGACAACGACAGAUUGAUGGUGAACUCAGAAGGAAGAAUUUCCGGGAGCAGUUUCCAUCUCGGGAGAACGGAUCAGCACCGGUCAGCGGGAGUCGCUUCGGCCCUAAACCACGGGGCAGUGAUAGCGACACUAGCAGGCACAGCACUGGCUCAUUCAGUACCAAAGCCAAGUAUAGUCGUCGAGAGCCAGAAGAUUCCCGUGUGGAGUUACUCCGCGACAGCGAGCCCAUUGACUACAACGAAGAGAGUGCAGCAGAAUUCACGGACAGCCUACCGGACUACAGCAGCAGAAGGACAAGCAGCGGUCGUAGCACCAGCGGGUACUCAUCAGACACGGCCAUCGGGCGCAGCAUGGGCUUGGGCAAACCUAGAGGGGCGAAGGGAAUAUUUGAUGAUGUUUAAAAGGCGGGUGAGGAGCGAGGCCAAGUGGUUGGGGUCUGUGACUCAUUAUCCGAGGGGCAGGGGUCCGAAUCCAGCUGCUGGCCAUAUAUUGUGUCCUUGGAUUGAAGUACCCCCUCAAUGGUAAGAAAGGGAGAGUUGGGGGAAACCACUGGGUUGACCCAUCUGGGCUGAGAAAGUGGCAACAAGCGCCCCCUCUCUUGUUCGGGCACGGAGCCCAGUGUAAAUGCUUGAUGUCUGCUGCAUGUGAAGUGCAAAGAAUUAGUCAAUUGCUUCCUCCGUAUUGGAUGAUUUUGGAGGAUUCCUAGCAAAAAGGGAUUUAGUGCAAACUAAUGUUAGCUGUAAAGAAAUGAACGUACGGAUCAUUCUCGAAAUUCAGGGUCCAAAGUGUGACAUUUUUUCCUGUCCUCGAUUUUGAUGGAGUUGGGGAGGUUAGGGUUAGGGAGGUCAUCAGAAUUAUAAAAUCAUAGAAGUCAGAUGUAGGGACAGGACAAAAUGUGGACCCCAAGUUAUAGGACCCAUGUGGGAAUUUUUUUUUUUUUAAGAAUUGUGAAAGUCAUGGGAAUGUUUUUGAAGUUAUAAAUAUGUUUAGGAAACAUCCAUGCUGGAUCAAAUCAGGCUCGAUAUUUCUUUGGGAUUUGAAAUUCCUUGUUUUUUUACUGCACGUUGAAAUUAAUAGAAAAAUUUCAGAAGUCCUCAACCAGUUUGCGCCAGGCUUAUUUUGACAUUGACCGGACCCAGGCGGGGGUUGU